AUGCAACUUCUCGGAUUAGCUGCUGUCUCCGCUACCGCCAUGCUUUCCAUGGUGCAGUACGCCCCAGCACCGUUCCUCCUCCUUACCGAAGCCGCCGUCGAGACCGCAGGAGCCGUUGCAGCCGCCGAUGGCUCACUUGGUGGCGCUGUCCUCGGCGGUGCGGCUUCUGCUAGUGUCGCUCAUGGAAUCUCAUCGAGCACUCGCCGUUCCCCCAUUGAUCUGCCUGCCGGAGUCUCACAGCAUUCCUGGGACCUGUGCAAGGGUGAGCUCGAUGGUGCUCAUGUCAAGUUCUCGGGAACCACCAACUUGCGCCUGGAUGGCCUUCCCGCCGCUUGCAUGGACCUCGCUACUGUGCUUACUGGUGACCCUACCCAGGAUGGCGGUCCUGUCCCCACCCCCAUGGGAUCCGCCGCUAUCCAGUACAGCGAUUUGACCGACGACGAAUGGCACCAGGUAUACAAUGCGCUCAAGGAGCAUGGCUACACUUCUACCUCUUAG